GGAAGUUUACAUUUAGAGAAAAACGUGCUACAAUUAGCCGCUGGAAAAGCCGGCUUACUAAAUCAUUCUGAAACGUAUGUCUAUAUAUGUUCACAAAAAUGAACUCAUUUUUAAUGGAAACUCUCCUGUCGAGCUGUCCGGACUACGAUCUUUUGUUUAAAGCUCUUUCGUGGGAGAGUGAAUCGUGGCCGCAGACUGGGCGAGUGGAGGCGCUGACUGCUUUCAUUGAAGGACUUGGAUCGCUCUCAGCCAACUCCGAUGUAAAGUCCAGAAGCCACAGCAUUGCAGUGAAUGUAGAAAAUGUCAUUUGGUCUCAAUGCGUCCCUUUGCUGUCCAAAAUGUCUUCAGAAGUAUGCGAGAGCGUACAAUGUAAGGAGAGACUAGCAGCCGUUUGUAAACUUAUCAGAGCCUGUAUUCCGCUGUGUGAUCCUGCUACCCCGGGCAAAGUGACCGAGUACGUGCUGCCUUUCCUCCAGCCGUCAGACGAAGAAGUCGCAUCAGGACGGUUCAUUGUGGAGGUGGCCAGCGAAGUCCUAUCAGUAUUAUUACCCAUAAUAGCCCCCCGUGAAGAACUUGUACAUAAAGUCCUAGUACAAGCAUCGUCCUGUAUGAAAACCCUCCCCGAUGCCCAAGUAUCCAGAGUGGCACUGCGUCUCCUUUCUGCGCUCUUCAGUUGUAGCAGCGGCGCGAGGUUAGACAACAUCCGCAAGUCAGUCCUGGAUGAUCUGUGUAUCUGGCACGGCAGUGAGCGCACACCUGCAGUAACGGGACGAUCCUUAAUGUGCCUGGCUGCGUUGUCUGACCACAUGCUGACCCCAGACUGUCUGACCUUUGACCCACGAAUGUCCAUUCAGUUCUGGAGGAUGGUUCAGGAUGGAUUGACGCACAGAGACAGUCUGGCACGCAAGAGGGCGCUGUACCUGUUGAAAAGAUGUGUGGCACUAUCCCAAGACAGAGGUUUGGCGUGUCACGCCUCAAAAGAAGGGGAGGUCUUGUUUAUAUGGGACUCUAAUAACAGCCAAGUGUUGCGAGAGUUCUGGGAGGAUUACACCCUGGUGAUGGAGACUUUGGAAGAAAACCAGAUUCACGUUGUUCGUCCAGUCUUAAACAGAAUAGACACAUUAAUACAGAUCGUCAAUGACACCCAAGGUAACUGCCUCUUACACCCAUCUUGGUUGCUCUGUGUGUACCAGCGCAUGUUUCACAGUGAAAAUAAGGCGCUCAUGAAAGAGGGAGUCUGUCAUCUGCUCCAAAUGCAGGCCCUCCAACAGCCACAGUUUGCUAUGGCCUUCUCUCAGUUUGUAAUUGGGCCUUUUUUGGAUGUUCUGUCAGAAACUUCACUCUUUCAAAGAGCCAUUGAACAGAGCAUAGGUGAAUGUCCAGAGCUGGGGAGCAAACUGCAAGUAUUCAUGGUCAACUUUUUUACCAACUUGCCAUCAGAACAAAAAGCCUCUUUGUUGCUGCAGCUGAUUCAGCAGUUAGCCACAAAGCAGUGGUGUGCGGUGCCUGUCCUCUUCAUAUCCCAGGCCUUAGCUAGUCUCUCUCCAAGUCCAUUGCUGGGCGUUAAUGGUCUUAUUGCUUUAAGAGAGGUACUGCGAUGCACAAUGAUAACUCAUCAAGUUCUGCUAAGAGGUGCUGCUCAGUGUUUCUUGUUGAACAGCGCCCUCUGCCUUACAGAUAUGAGUGCAGUGACCCUUGAUGAUGUGUUUGGUCUUCUAAUGCAUUUCCGCUCUGAUGAGUCUCUGAGUCGAGGGACAAAGCUGUGGCACCAGGUAUGUAUUUGGCUUAUGAACAAUGAACACAGUUUCAAGCCUAUAAAUUCUAAAGAUCAAGAAAAAGAAAGUAUAAAGGCGUAUGUUCAAAAUGAGCUUUACAACUACCUCAAAGUCCCUCCCAGCACAGGUCAAACGGAAAGGUUACCUGAUAUCAGUGAAGCGGUGAAAUUGGCCAGGGCAAUUUUGCUGUGUGUGGACAUGGAAAUGUGCCAGCCGGCCGGAGAUGUUAACAACUCUUUGGAGUCCUUACUGUCUCCACUGUGGGACACUCUGAGCCGAGUCAGCACCAAUAUCUACCUGCCUUUGAGGAAGAGUGACAAGAGCCUGCAGCUUGUGCUCCAGUUUCUGCUGCAGGAAGGAAUAAAUCAAGGCAAUAAAGAUGAUAAUGUCUUGUUUGCCUUUAAGAAACAAAUUUUCAAGGUUUUAGAUCCAGUACUAGAAUUCAUUGUGAGGCAGUUAUGUGGACAGCUGCAAGAGCUGUUUGACAUAGAGCGGGCAAAUAUGUACUUGUGUGUCCUGAAACAGCUGGUGGUCAUAUGUAAAUCUAUACCACAACACCACAGUAAAAUUCAACAGACAUAUUUCCCCAAACUCAUUAGUUUCAACCUCAAGAUCCUUGCAGAACCAAGUCAGCAGAGCCCAUCAGUGUCAGUGCAGGUGUCAAGAGUUGUUGCAAUGGCAUCUCUGGCCUUGAUUUGCAGUCUUGUGGAGCAGAAUGUGAUUGGCAUGCAAUCAGUGUCAGGACUGAAAAUGCUGAAUGAGUUCUUCUACAAUCCAAUAUUAUUAUCUUCAUCUUCUGUUGGGCGCAUCAAUGAGACCCUGCGGAAACCAUUUGGCCUUGACUGUCUAAAUGACACAGAUGGAUCUAGUCCAAUGCAGAAGGACUGGGGACGUGUAGUGGCCCACUAUUUGAGAGACCAGUGGGUUUGCCUAAGUCUUCUCUCAAAGACUGCUGGAAUUACUGAAACUGGAGAUUCUCAGUCCAUUGAAAUUCUGAGGUCAUCUGUAAGUUGUGCCAUAGAAGGCCUGUCUCUUCUGCCUAGCAAUCUAGUACUGCCAAUUUUUGCCUUUUUGGAGACUGCUCUUCCUCAUUUAGUCCAGGAUGAUGAAUCCCUCUGUGUAGAUGCCAUCAGCUUGUCUUGGGACCUUGUUCAGGGCUUAAGCACAAACCCUCUUGACUUCUGGCCAUCUCUUAAAUGUUUUAUUUCAUUGGCUUUUCAUCAUAAACUCCUAAUGCUGGCUGAUGCACAAUCACCAAAUCUCACCUCAACCAUAAAGAGGAUUGCCUCUGAGCUUAUGGAGUUAUCACAGUCAAAGACUGGUGUGUUUGGACUGCUAAUUCAACACUGCUGUCAGAUAUGGCUUCCCAGCGGCCAAAACAGUGAGUCCCAGGAUUACUCUAUCUUUGCAAGUGUUUUCAACCAUAUUGAAAUCCUCACUGAGGCAUGCGUCUAUGGACCAGUGUUCAGAAGAGAUCAACGGCUAAUUCAGGAUGUCCAGAGUUAUGUGGAACAACUUGGUGAAGAUUGUGCAGCUAAUGUACUUUGUGGGGACAGCAGAGAUGAUCAGUUGCCCCGUGCAUGUGCCUUGUCUUUGCUCAGUAGACUGGACUCCUCAGAUCCACAGCAUCAAAGGCUGAUGCAAAACGUAGUCCUUGAAUUAUUGAAAAAGGAUAACAUUAUAUCAUCUUCUAAAGUUCGUUACUAUAACAACUCAAUGCAACAUCGAGUGAAAAACAGGAUCUGGCAAACACUGUUGGUGUUGCUUCCCAAACUCACUGAGGAUUUUGUCACUACAAUACUGAGCAGUGUGUAUCAGGCUGGAUUCUGCAGUAAUCAGGCCUCAGUGAAGUACCUGAUUGAAUGGCUGAUGAUUUUGAUCCUCACUAAAUACCCAUAUCACAUUAACAGCUUUUGGGAGUGCUUUAAUGUGGACCAUGAAAAAACCAAGGUCAGCAUCUGCACUUUCCUUUCAGUUGUGGUUCAUUUUAACGUUAUUCUUCCAAACAUUAGGGACCAGGUUGUACAGUUAUGCAAAGCCCUGGAUAUCAUCUUGCAGUGCUGUUUUAACCAUAACUUCAGUGUGCGCCUUUAUGCUUUGUUGGCUCUUAAACGAGUUUGGAAUUUGGCAGAAGCCAGAGCAGUGAAUGGAGGGGCAGAUGGCUUACACUCACUGUCUUCUGUGAUUACGUCUUGUCUCAACCAGGCUGAAGCCAUGCAGAGUACUGGAAAUGCUAACAAAAAUUGGAUAAAAAUUCAGGAACAUUUCUUCUUUGGUGCCUUUCAUCCCCUCAGAGAUUACAGUCUUGAGACAAUCUUGUAUACAUUCCCCAGCCUGUCUGAUUUAUCUGAUGAUGAGUGGAUCCCACCCUGGAAGUUUGAGAAGCUGCCAUGUUUUUCUCACAUUCCAUCUUGUCCUUUGAGGAAUCCUGCCUCUGAUUUGAGAGCGCUCAAUCAUGGGGACUGGAUCCAACAAGAUAAAAGUGAGCAGGAUAAGGAAGAGCGCUGGGCUGAAGUACAGAAGAAAAUUACUCCUUGGAAGCUUGACAUUCAGGAGCAAGAGCCAGAACUCCAGCUUAUACCCCACCAAAGAGCUGCCCGUAUGGGAAAAACACAUGGGGCUCUGCUAGUGGUGGCUUCACUCAUUGACAAACCCACUAAUUUAGGAGGUCUUUGCAGAACAUGUGAGAUCUUUGGAGCCAGUGCUUUGGUCCUCGACAAUCUUCGCCAUGUCAACGACAAACAGUUUCAGUCACUGAGUGUCACGUCUGAGAGGUGGCUGCCUUUGCUGGAGGUGAAACCAGUGGAGCUUACAGACUUUCUACAGCUAAAGAAGAGUGAAGGAUACUGCAUUGUUGGUGUGGAACAAACUGCCAAUAGCCACAGCCUCGAGAGCUAUCACUUUCCUGAAAAGACACUGCUACUUCUGGGUAAUGAACGAGAGGGUAUCCCUGCAAACCUGCUCCAAAUGUUGGAUGUUUGUGUCGAGAUCCCACAACAAGGAGUCAUCCGCUCACUCAAUGUUCAUGUCAGUGCUGCACUGCUCAUAUGGGAAUACACAAGACAACAUCUCAUCUCUGGAGCAGGAAACGCCAACGCCAAAGUCGAGUGAGGGACAAAGUAAUGGUGCUGUUAAAAAGCAUCUAUUCUAACAGAAAUUGAAAGUGUGGAUCAAAACAUUUUACUGUGACUAAAAGCAAUGUAUAUUAUGGUCUUGUAUGAUAUUGUAUGUAUUUAAAAUUUUCUCUGGCUCUUU